AUGGAAGCCUACUUAAUGGAGUUUAUUGAAGCUUUCACGCAUCUGAUUCUUUACAUAAUGAAUAUAUACUCCUCAGAGCACUUUGAAAAAAAAAGAAAAUUCAACACGCUCGUAUGGCAUUGCGCAAAUAAACAAGUGGAGGAGUACAUACAACAGGCCCUCUACCCAAUCAAGAGAUUCAUCGCAAACAACAGCCUAUAUAAGUAUCGCAUCAGCCUGAAGAAUUUAAAAAAUGAGGUAUUAAAAAUUUAUACCAUAGAAUUCGAGCAGCUUUACCAACCGCGCAAGAAGCAGAUUAAUUACCCUGCCUUUGAGGAGCUCGUGUGGGACCUCUUCACGUAUAUUGAGAUGCAGCUGUGCGAGGCGUACGCCACAGAUAAGACGUUCGAAAUUUCCUUCGACUUGGUGAAGGACCACGAGGCGACCUCCACGACGAACGAAAAUUUGACGAAAGAUUGGGAGUUGAUAUCAUGCGAUACUCUCAAUCUGUUCGAUAAAAAAAUUAUCAAAAGUAUUAACUUCUUUGAGAACAACGAGUUCAACCCCAUAUGUCAGGUCUACGUGGAGCACAGAAGAGACGCCGCACAGACGAACGUAGCGUAG